AUGUUCAGCGGUAAUUACGUGGAAGAUCAACAAAACCAAAUUUCUAUUGAUAUGCUAGAUCCCAACACAAUGAGUAUUGUUCUACAAUAUAUGAAUAUAGGCUUAAUUGACCUAUCUGAGUAUUCUCUGGCAACUAUUGGCGAUAUAGCAGUAGCAGCAAAUUUUCUUCAAAUGAUUGAAUUAAUCAAACAGAUUGAGUAUACAUUAGAAAUACAAAUGUGUGAGUCUAAUUGGAUGGAGACAAUGGCUAUAGCUGAAACUUCUUCAUAUUCUAAACUUGAGCAACUGUCUGCUGCAUUUGGACUAUAUUCAUUUAAAUCUAUGAAGCCAGAAUAUAUUUCAACAAUACAUAAAUUGGCAUGGUAUUUAUCACAUCCAUAUUUAGACACUCAAAGUGAAUUAGAUGUUUUCAAUUUUGGUCUUCAAUGGAUUUUACACAAUGAAACUGGUGCUGAUGCACUAUUAAUUAUUCUUGGAUGCUUAGAUUUCAAAAGGAUAUCAAAACAUGAUAUAGAAGAAAUUAAAAAAUGUACAAGUGAAUAUGAAAACAGUUUAGCCCUUAAAGUAGCAGAUUGUCUUUAUGAAUUAUCAAAUAACAACUUAGAGAUAUGUGAAGCAGUUUUAAAUGAUAAAAAAUCUGAAUUUUAUGAAAAGUUUACGGAGCGAGUUUGGAUAGAAACAAUAAAUAUAAUAAAAGAAAGUAAAACUCGUCUUUUGAGUUACACUCCAGUAGUGCCAAUGUGGGUCCUAAAGAAUUCUAAACGAGAACUGUUACCACAUUACAUGUACACAUAUAAUAAUGAAAAAGGAUUUGAGCAAUGGUUGGAAGUAUCUGAAAAAGACUUAUGGGGUUGGAGUGUUAUUUCUUGGGGAUUGACAAAAUUAGUAAUUGUAUGUGGUGAACAUGUGGCAGGCAAGGCAAAUAACCGUACGGGUAUAUAUAUGAAGGAUGUUAAAGUAUAUGAUACAUUGAAGCAAGAAUGGACAAGACAUGGCGUAGAUUUACCCCCAAGAAGCCAUGCUGGUUUAGCUGUCGUUGGUGACUCACUCUAUAUUCUUGGAGGAAAAGGGGAGUUUACCAGGGAGCUAGAAACAGCCAUAAUUUAUGACUUAAAGCAAAGAGCUUAUAGAGAAAUAGAUGAAUUGCCCGAAGCAAUUUGUAACCCAGCAGUUUGUUCACAUAAGAACAUGGUAUAUGUCGCUGGGGAAAAACAAAUAUUUCGUUAUAAAGCCUGGGGUACUUCAGGCAAGGAGCUCAUAGUUUUUACAAAAACCUUAAGUAUAUAUCCAGAUAUAUUGGCAGUAGAACAAUUCAGUGAUGAUAGUAAAGAAAAGAAACCUGUGGUUCUUUUUAAGCAAAAAAAACCAUCAUUAAGAGUGAAUGAUUUUGCCGGUUCCUGUGCUUUGGCCAGGGGGGGGACACUCAAGUCAUUGCAAAUUUUUCUAAAGAAAGUUGCGCCAUCUACUUUUCCUAACUGG